AUGGAACUGGCCCUCAAUGAGACGAUGUACCUGGAUGAUAACUAUCUUAGACAAGGAACGAAUUUGAAAGAGCAUCUCCCGGAAUUAUGUGCCAUGUACAGUGAUCUGUACCUACCAGGUGUUCAUCUGACAGACAACAUUGCAUCAUCAAUGAUGGAUGAUACCUCUUUUCAGGCAUUGGAGGAGUUGGAGGUAACCCCUGAGCCGCAACAGGAGAAAGAGAGACUUGUAUCGAAAGAGAUUGAGAUAUCUUCAAAGGAACCAGAGGAGAUGGAGCUAGAUCUCCAGCUAGCACAAGGGAGAAAUACAGCUACAUUGUCACCUCAGCAGACAGAGUCAACUGCUGAAUCUGAACCAUCACAGGAAGUAAAGAUAGUACCUGAGCAACUUCAGGAAAGAGAUACAGUUUCAGAGUCACCACAGGAAAGAGAGACAGCUCCAGCGCUACUACAGGAAAGGGAAACAGCUCCAGAGCCACUACGGGAAAGACAGACAACUCCAGAGCCACCACAGGAAAGAGAAACAGCUCAAGAACUACACAACAAAGAGACAGGAGAGAAAAAUAGAGACAGCUCCAGAAGCACUACAGGAAAUAGAGACAGCCCCAGAGACAUCACAGGGAAGAUAGACAGCUCCACAGCCACAAUAGGAAAGAGAGACAGCUCCAGGGCCAUCACAGGAAAAAGAGACAGCUCCACGGCCACAACAGGAAAUAGAGACAGCCCCAGAGACAUCACAGGGAAGAUAGACAGCUCCACAGCCACCACAGGAAAUAGAGACAGCCCCAGAGACAUCACAUGGAAGAUAGACAGCUCCACAGCCACCACAGGAAAGAGAGACAGCUCCAGGGCCAUCACAGGAAAGAGAGACAGCUCCAGGGUCACCACAGGAAAUAGAGACAGCUCCAGGGCCACCACAGGAAAGAAGGGACAGUUCCACGGCCACCACAGGAAAGAGAGACAGCUCCAGGGCCAUCACAGGAAAGAGAGACAGCUCCACGGCCACCACAGGAAAGAGAGACAGCUCCACGGCCACCACAGGAAAGAAGGGUAG